CGCCGAGAACAACUACAAAUAACGGCUGAAGUAGAUAACGAUGUACUCAUCAUUGAUGAAAAGGUUGAGCUGCCCAAUAACAAUCAACGCGGUCACCUUCUUCGACAAUCAACAUUGAAACCGUCACCAAGUGAACAACCAUCACUUCCAAAACCAGAUAACAUUCCGGCAAAUAGCAUUGAUACCGUAAAACGAGUGGUUCGGAUCAUAGCUAAUACCCCGACAAAAGAAUCACCAAAGAAAGUGAGCAUUGGUAUUCAGGUGGGCCCACCAUUCAAACGACAACCACCGCCAGUUGUCGUACCGUCAGAAGAGCCACCGUUGCGGUCGUAUUGGACUCACAAGGUAAACCUACCGUAUCCACCAGCACAGGCACCUGUCCAUCAGCCGCAGUUGAUUCAACAACCCAUUCAUUUUCAUCAUCAACCAACUCACUUUCAACCACCAGUUCACUACCAUCAACCGGAACACUAUUAUCAAGAGCAACCACCAAUUCAGUAUCCAUAUCCACCCAUUGUGCAAUACCAAGUGCAGCCACAGUUGCCGCGGCUCACUCAUGAUAUUGAAGCUCAGCUGAAAAUAAUCGAUACUUUUCAAAUCACAACAACCGCAGUGGUAUUGCUCAGUCGAAAAGAGGCACUUGAAGAGUUAUGGUCGGAUUUCCGCAAUAACACUUCGGAAUUGGAAAAUUCACGUGACUGGGUCGGCACAAAUGAGCAUAUCGAAGAAACAACAAAAGUACGUGAAUUGUACAUCAGAGGUUUGGCCAAACUCACUGAAUUAUUGCCAGGCGAUGCAAAUGCUCUUCAUGAGUCGAUGACCAUGUUUCAACGCCGGCAAAGUACCGCUGAUAUGUCACACAGUUACUCUGAUGAUACUAAUACAGGUACAAAUCAAGACCACAAUCAUAUGAACAUGAAUGAAGGCUUUAAUAAUCCAAGAAUGAUCAGACUACAGCCAUCAUUUAAACUGCCACCAGUUCAAAUCAAACCAUUUUCUGGCAACGAAUUGGAAUGGCCCGAGUUUAAAGCGACCUGUGAAAAUACAUUAACGCAUAUAGCCGAUGGAACAUGCCGAUUUCAUUACUUGAAAGGCUAUUUGCAGGGUGAAGCAUUUAAAAAAAUUAGACAUUUACCAAUGGUGACUGGCAGCUAUGAUCGUGCAUGGACAAUACUAAACAAAGUAUAUGAUAAAGAACGCACAAUAAUUAAUGCCAACUUAAAGCGUUUAUUCGAUUUGGAACCAGUGACGAAAGAGUCAUUUGAAGCACUGACAAAAAUGCUUGAUGUACUAAAUGAAUGCAUCGCCACCGUCAACAGUUACGGAAUUGAGACAACAACUUGGGAUGCAAUAUUGAUUUUUCGCCUGGAUGAAAGUAGCAUCCAAUAUUGGGAAGAGCGAAUUCAAGGCAGCAAUACAGUACCGAAAUUGUCUGAAUUCAUUGAGUUUUUGGAAAUUCGAAUUAACGUGUUGAAAACAAUUGCUAAUACACGAAUGCCAGCCUGUACCAAUACUUCAGCUACGUCUCGCAAACCCAAGGUAUUAGUUACUGCAACGAACACGAAAAAGUGUACAAUUUGUAAAAAAAUCAACGAACAUUUUGCGUUCCAAUGUCCUCAGUUGACCGAAAUUCCUGCCGAAAAUCGCAUAACAUUUAUCUCAGAUAAAGGCCUUUGCAUAAAUUGCCUUUAUACACAUCCAGUUGAGAAGUGCACAUCAAAAUACUCAUGCCGAGAAUGUUCAAUGCGCCAUAACACAGCAUUACAUCCACCUGCACGAAUCCAUAAUAUAAUGACUCUUGAAGAGGGCAUUCAACUUGAACCAGAAGAAGUUCAAGCAAUGGAAAUGCAAAACGAGGUGAUUUUACACAUUGACGGAGAAAAUCGAUCAAAAAAUGUUACGUUGGCAACAGCCAUAGUUAAAAUUAUAAACGGAAAUCGACAGAUUCUCGCCCGCGCAUUGAUAGAUCAAGCAGCUACCGCAAAUGUAAUAACAAAGCGGUUGUGCGAGGCUUUGAAUUUGACAGAACAAAACAUCACAUUGCCGAUUCUCAGCUUGUGUGAUACUGUGGCAUAUAAAGUCAAAAGGAAAACGGUUGUGCAUAUACAAUCUGUUUCUAACAAAGAAUACAGUUUGAAAUUUCCUGCUUUAGUUGUGCCACACAUAACAACAGUAUCAACUACACCAAACAACGAUGAAUUACUGCAUCUCAACGGCUUGGAACUCGCCGAUCCAGAAUGGAUGAAGGGAGGGCGAAUAGAUAUUUUGCUAAGCUCGGCUAUUCAUUCCGAAAUCAUAAUGGAUGGUCUGAUUAAAGGCUCACCUGGCCAGCCGAUCGCCCAGAAAACCGAAUUGGGUUGGAUUGUAUCAGGUGGUGAUGGUGGCCAACAGUUAACCGCCUCAGUUUUUACCUUAAAAGUUUCAAAUGAAGAUCUAUCACGUGAUUUAAAACGCUUCUGGGAAAGCGAAGAAAUACCAAAAAACAAGCAUUUCACACCAGAAGAACAGUUAGCCGAAGAUAUCUACGUGAAAACAACAAAGCGAUGCGAUGAUGGUCGAUUUAUGGUAAAAUUGCCAUUUAAAACUGACAAACCAGAUUUAGGUGAGUCACGUUUUAUCGCACAAAAACGCUACAUGUAUAUGACCACUCGAUUUUUAUCCAAUCCUGCACUCAAAACCAUAUACGAUAAAAGCAUUCACGAAUAUUUGGAGCUAAAUCAUAUGGAACUCGCUGAAACAAUGGCAUCGCCUCACAACUACCUACCCCACCACCCUGUGUUUAAAGAUUCAAGUACAACAACCAAAGUAAGAGCAGUUUAUGACGCCAGUUGCAAGACGAGCAACGGUAACUCACUAAACAGCCAGCUUUUGGUAGGUUCCACCCUGCAGAGUGAUUUGUUCUCAAUAUUGAUCCAUUGGCGCAAGAACAAGUAUGCUAUCACAGGAGACAUCGAAAAGAUGUACAGGCAGAUUUGGAUUGACCCAGAGCAUUCGGACUACCAACGAAUCUUAUGGCAAGCACCAGGCACGUCAGAAAUCAAAAGUUAUCGGCUAAAAACCGUAACUUUUGGGGUGGCAAGUGCACCGUAUCUCGCAAUUAGAACACUUUUUUUAAUUGCCGAUGAUAUUGACGAAAGUAAUCCCAAGUUGGCAGCCAAAAUCAGAUUUCAGUUUUAUGUAGAUGACUUUUUCGAUUCCGUUGAUACAAUCGAUGAAGCUAAACAAGUAAUUAAAAUGAUGUCGGAAACAUUGGGGAAAUACGGAUUUUUGCUUCGAAAAUGGAAAGCCAAUGAUAGCACAAUUCUUGAUGAAUUAGCCACGAGUGAAAAAGAUAGCUCUCCAUCAAACGUAUUUAAAACAUUAGGCAUUCAAUGGCAACCGAGCUCUGAUAAUUUCUUGUUUAUACCAGCCGAAUUAAAAAAAGUAAAGAAAUGGACAAAAAGAACAAUUCUCUCAGAAAUUGCAAAAUUAUUCGAUCCACUCGGUUGGUUGUCUCCAUGUGUUGUUACAGCAAAAAUGUUUAUGCAAGAUUUAUGGUUACUCCAAGUUGGAUGGGAUGACGAGUUGCCAUCAGAAACAAUCAUAAAAUGGACCAACAUUCGACAACAGUUUUUUUCACCAUGCACCGUCAAAGUACCAAGAUGGAUCGGCUUGAAAACCGAUAUAAAAGGUGUCUCCCUCCAUGGAUUUUGUGAUGCGUCAGAAAAAGGCAUGUCAAGCGUUACGUUCAUACGAGUGCAAGACCAAAAUGAUAAGGUUUCAUGUCAAUUGAUUGCAGCAAAAACGAAAAUUGCGCCAUUAAAAAAGCUAUCCAUUCCACGGUUAGAGUUAAAUGCAGCCGUAUUACUCGCAAAACUGAUGGAAAAGGUGAAAGGUGCACUGAAAAUACCGAAUUUACGUCAGCAAGCGUGGAGCGACUCGGAGAUCGUUCUCCAUUGGAUCGCCAAUCAUCCAAGUCGGUGGAAAACUUACGUCGCUGGUAGAGUAGUCGAGAUACAAGAUCUACUACCAUCACAUAAUUGGAGACACAUUCCAACAGCUCAAAAUCCAGCCGAUUGUGCGUCACGUGGGUUAACACAGAAUGAAUUAGAAAAAUUUGAUUUGUGGUGGUAUGGUCCCAAGUUUCUGUUGAAAAAUGAGCAAGAAUGGCCAAAAACCAACUUGAAAGGGAGCUCUUUAUCAAAACUAAACUUGGAAGAACGAAAACAAGCAGUAAUUGCUGCAAUCAGUACCCCUGAAAUGAUCGAAUCGAAUAUAAUCACAGCAAGAUUUUCAAACUAUGAACGAAUGUUGCGAGUGAUCACCCGCUGUCUUAGAUGGAAACACAAGAAAAGUGAAAGAUCCGAUCCGAUUUCCAGUGAAGAAUUGAGACAAACGGAAGUCAAGUUAAUCAAACUCGUCCAGAAUGAUAUGUUUUCUACAGAAAUCACACCACUAGCAAAGGGUCAGGCAGUCGGAAUGAAAAGUUCAAUUGCCAAUUUGGAUCCAUAUCUUGAUAUCAACGGUGUAUUACGAGUCGGUGGACGCAUUCAAAAGUCAUCAUUACCUGACAAUGCAAAACAUCCCGUAAUUUUACCACCAAAACAUCAUUUCACGACACUAUUGAUUCGACAUGCACAUGAAAAAACAUUGCAUGGUGGAUUUGGAUUGACUGCACAAAAAUUGUACCACAAUUUUUGGAUUGUAAAUGCACGAACUGCGAUUAAGGCAGUAAUACACAAAUGUAUAACAUGUUUCCGUUUCAAGAAAAAACUGCUUGUACAGAAAAUGGGCGAAAUACCAGCAUACCGAUUAGAGGAAACUGUUCCCUUUACAUUCACUGGUGUAGAUUAUGCCGGGUACUUUGACAUAAAAUCAUCGCAACGCAAAAAUGCACCAUAUGUCAAAGGAUAUGUCGCGGUUUUCGUCUGUCUUACAACACGAGCUAUUCACCUUGAAAUCGUUAGUGAUUUGUCAACGGAAACAUUCAUGAAAGCAUUCAAACGAUUUAUCGGACGACGAGGAAUACCGAAACGAAUGUUUUCAGAUAACGCAACAAAUUUCAUCGGGGCAGUACGAGAGAUCCAGGAAAUGCUCGAUUUAGCUCUAUCACAAGUUGACAAUGAAUUAAAUAAAGAGUUAACCAAAAACCGAAUCGUCUGGUCAACAAUCCCAGCUCGCGCACCGCAUUUCGGCGGUUGGGAAAGUAGCGUCAAGCUUAUGAAGCAUCACCUUAAACGUGUUUUAGGCAAUGUGCGUCUUUGUUUCGAAGAUUUCAACACACUAAUAAUCGAAAUUGAAGCGAUUGUUAAUUCACGGCCCUUGUGGGCAAUUCCAACACAAGUCGAUGAUAUUGAGGCUUUGACACCUGGUCACUUUUUAGUUGGUAAAGCGUUGAACACAUUGCCAGAACCAGAGUUAGGACACAUUCCGUUGAACCGACUAAGUCACUAUCAGUAUUUGAAUCGGUUAAAAAGUGACUUUUGGCGAUUAUGGUCCAAGGAAUACAUCCAGACAUUGCAAACACGGAAAAAAUGGAUGAAUAACCAACCAAACGUACGAAUAGGUCAAAUUGUGCUCGUGUCUGAGGAUAACGAGCCAGUUACAUGUUGGUCUCUUGGCAAAAUCAUUCAAACACAUCCAGGGUCUGACGGGCUAGUAAGAGCCGUCGAUGUGCUUUGUCGUUCAAAAAGUUUAAGACGACCAAUUCACAAAUUAAGCUUAUUGCCCAUCGAAGAUAAUAACAAAGAAGACUCAACAGAUGCAGCACUCAACGUUCACUACAGUCAGGAAUCAUCACAGUCAACCUUUGAGCGGACCGCUCAAGGCGGGGGA